UUAAGAAAUAAAUAAGGGCUUUUAAGUUGCAUAAGCAGAGCGCUUUUGGUCGCUGGCUUCGCGCUCGUGUAUGAGGGUAGCGCGUGCGGUCGGUAGGCAGACUUUUCUAUUUUGUACAUACAUUAUUUUGUAUAUACUGUUUAUGAUGACUUCAGUGGUUGCUGAUGCUGCCCGGGGCAAUCGGGACAGAGCCCUACCACAAACCACACACACCUCACAGCCACAGAAACAGAUACAGGCCACAGCGGAACAGAUCCAACUUGCCCGGAUGAUAUAUGACAAAAAUGAUGCAGAUUUUGAGGGCAAAGUCCAACAGCUCAUGGAGGUCACAGGCAAAACUCAGGACGAGUGUAUGGUAGCCCUUCACGACUGCAAUGGAGAUGUCAACAGGGCUAUCAACUUCCUGCUGGAGGAGGUCAUUGACAAGGACUCAUGGGAAACGGUUGGCAAGAAGAAAAAUGUUGGAAAAGAAGGGACCCCAGCAGAGAAAAGAGGAGAAAGGGAAGGCAGGGGCCGCGGGGGUCUGAACAGACGCGGCCGAGGGGGCAGCCGCAACCACGAAGGGCGGUCAGAAGAGAACGUGUUUGAUUCGGCUCCAGGAGAGAGAGGAGACCGAGGCCGCAGAGGAAGAGGGAGAGGCGUUGUCUCAGGAGCCGGAGGUCGAGGUAGAGGCCGAGGAGCUGGAAUAAGCAGGACGUUUAACCCUGUAGACUACAGCAGCGCAGUUGAAGCAGGAGAAACUGGAACUGAGACUACUGAAGGAGCAGGAGCCUGGAUGGACAAUCUGGAAGAUUGGGCUGCAGAAGACUGGAAUGAAGAUCUCUCUGAGACCAAAGUGUUUACUGCCUCCAGUGCUCUUGGCUCCAAGAACCACGUGCAGGGGAUGGAGCUCAGCUCUCUGUUGUCUAAGGAGGCGGAUGGCGACUCUGAUCUGGCCGGCUUAGAGCUGUCGUCCCCAGGUACUCUUACUCAGAGCCUGGUGUUCACCAACUCCCAGCAGCACGGCAGUCGAGCACACACACACAGCUAUGCCUCCGCAGCUGCCGGCACUUAUGCACACGCUGCAUCGUCCAUGCUGGGACCCCGACACCCCCACAAUGAUGUGCAGAAAGCAGAACCAAUCAGCGCACUCCGAGUCGCACCUGUUACCAAUCAGGUCCACGGGGGUCUGAGUAAUGGCGCUGCAUCUAAAGAAUCCACCGCUCCGGCGCCUCCAGAGCCAACGCCUAAGAGUUUGAAUGAACCAAAGGAGACCCCUGUUACAGUAGCUCAGCUGGACCUGAAGGGCCAACCUGACCCGUCCCCCAUCCUCAGUCAACUGUCCCAGAAUUCAGCACUCCAGUCGGACCUGCCGGCUCAGGCCCGAAACCAUGCCGUACUCCCCCCACACGACGGACCUUUGCAAUCGCUGCAACCCCUCUCUGAACCUGCCGGAACCAUGGCUGAGCCCUCACAGCCCAAAAACAUCAGACCGUUGAGGCGGAGAGCGCCCCCUCCUUCUAAGAUCCCCUCUUCUGCAGUGGAGAUGCCAGGUUCAGCUGAUGUAUCUGGCCUGAAUGUACAAUUUGGUGCACUGGAUUUUGGAUCGGAUUCCAAAGUGGAAAAUCUCAACCAGUCGGAAACCGGUUUCCAGGAACCUGCGGCCGCUCCUCAAAACCAGAGCAGCCUGUAUUCCAAAUCCAGUGCCGUCAGUGAGUCUCUCAGCGCUUUGCCUCCGGCCGUGAUCGAGUCCAGUUACCCAACAGCCUCUCGGAGUUUACAAAGCACUACUGCCCCUCCUGUGUUGGCUCCAACAUCUAAUAGCAGAGCGGAGUCCUCCACCACCACCCCUCUCAGUAAUGGAUUCGGUGAAAUAAGGUCGUCCAGCACACAGGACGCUGUCCUGUCCAACCCCCCGCAGCCCGUGUCCUCAAUUUUACCCAGUGAGAACGGCUUGUCGACCCUUUCAUCAUCUUCAUCAACAUCAGUGCCUGCCCUCAACACAUCUCUUAGCAGUUGUAAUUCUCUCGGAUCUUCUGUGCCCGCCAGCUCUUCCCUGAGUUCCCAAAUGGGUGGUGACGUGAGCGCGAGCCUGCCCGUGUUCUCCAGCUCUGUGUCCAGCGCUGCGGUCAGCUCAAAUGGAAUAGCCAGCGGAGCACAGAACCUCACUGUUAACGGCACAUCCGCUCCCUCUACUGGCCGCUCUCUACCGCUGCAGACCUCAAUCACCCCUUCCACCAACUCCGGUAAAGCUCCUCCUAAUCUAGCUCAAGGAGUCCCGCCACUGUUGGCCAGUCAGUACAUCAUGGGGCCCGGUGGGCUCCUUCCGGCAUACCCGCCGAUCUAUGGAUAUGAAGACCUACAGAUGAUGCAGUCCCGCCUGCCCAUGGAUUAUUAUGGAAUGACCUUCCCUGGUACAGCGUUAGCUGGCAGAGAUGGUGGAUUAGGAAGCAAUCCCUACUCAGGUGAGCCCACUAAAUUCGGACGCAACGACUCGAACUCCCCGGCCCCCGCCACCAGCCUCUCUUCAGUGCCCCCUUCACAGACCCAGAGCUCCGUUCCUCAAAAUCAAGGGCCGCAGAAUCCAGGCCAAGCCCAACAGGGUCAGACCCAGGCCUUCCUCAACCCUCCCCUGCCCCCAGGUUAUGGCUACACCAGCCUGCCCUACUACCCUGGAAUGCCGGGAGUGCCCAGUGCCUUCCAGUAUGGUCCCACCGUCUUCAUGCCCCAGGCAUCCACGAAGCAGCACACUAUGGGCCCGUCCAGCCAAUACCAGCACCAGGCUGGAUACAGCCAACACGCAUAUGGAGCAGGUUUCGAUGAGCUGUCCCAGGCUCAUGCUGUAGGGGACUAUGGGAAGGGAGGAUAUGGAGGCAACUCUCAGUCCCAGGCCAAAGCCAUGAGUAACAGCGCGGGAAAAGCACCAGGAAUGAUGUCUGGAUCAGCAAGCUCUGAGCUUACUGGAACAGUGUACAGUAAGACUCAGACGUUUGACAAGCAGGGGUUCACUACAGCGGCAGCCCCUCCCUUCAGCCUGCCCUCAGCUCUUGGAGGAACAGGGCCGCUCAACCCCACAGGUGCCCCCGGAUAUGCCCCAGCACCAUACUUACACAUCUUACCCCCUCAUCAGCAGCCCCCUUCACAGCUACUGCACCACCACAUGGCUCAGGACACACAGGGCCAACGCAGUCAGUCCAGUAGCAUGCAGAAGAAUCAGGCCAAGUCCAACUACAGCAACUCUCCCUACUGGGCUAACUGAACAUUUCCUUUCUACUGUUACUGUUAUACGAAAGCCCAAAUCUAUGACUACACCGGCAACCGCAAACACACACCAUACCAAUUCUCCACCGCCCCCCCAUCCAAUGUUUUCCUCUGUUUUUUUCCAUUUUGUUUCUUCUCCGAAUUAGGUUUUCAUGUAAGAUAUUUAUGUGUAAGUAUUUAUAUAUACUGUAAAUGUUAAGAAGCCGAAAAUGAGAUAUGGUUGCUCUGUUUUAUUUUUUGAAGGACUUUUGGUAAAAACUGCUGAGAUGUAGCAAAAACUAAUAAAAGGAAAAGCAUUUUGAGGAAAACUUAAGAGACAUUGUGAUGAAUGCUGGAGCAGUGACAGUGGAGGUAUUGUGUGGGGGGGUUCACUCAUUCAAACACUGAGAGGUUCACACACGUAAAGAGCGUUCUACUCUUGAGCCAUUCUCUUUGAGGAUUGUACAAUGGUUCCGAAAUUCAGUUCUGUCACAUGACGGAGAAGAGAAAACAGCCCAAUAAUUUUAUAUUUUACUCUUGUUGCCCUCUGAAUAAAGGUUCUGAGCAAUUCAAA